CAGAGCACAAAAAUUGUGUGUUUUUUCCCUCGUCAGUUUUCGCUUUGCUUCCCUGUUUCAGCCUCAGAGCUCUGGCUGUGGCGCUGCCGUGCGUCUCUCUUGCUGGCUAAGUGGCGUUUUGGUUAUUGAAGUUCUUCAACAUCAUGAAGAAGAAGCUCGAUACCCGUUUUCCAGCCGCUCGGAUUAAGAAGAUUAUGCAGGCUGAUGAAGACGUAGGGAAGAUUGCUAUGGCAGUCCCACUUUUAGUCUCAAAAGCUCUGGAACUAUUUUUACAAGAUUUAUGUGACAGGACAUAUGAGAUUACUCUGAAGAGGGGGGCUAAGACAAUGAACUCUUUGCACUUAAAACAAUGCAUACAGACGUUUAAUGUAUUUGAUUUCUUGAGGGAUGUUGUUGGCAAGGUACCUGAUUUAGGUGCCUCUGAUGCUGCGGAGGACCGUUGUAUUUCGAAACGAAGGAAAGUUGAAGAUGAAGAUGGUGGUAAUGAUAGUGAAGAAGAGUCCAAAAGGAGUAAGACGACAGAGGCUGGUCACAACAUUAGUGGCCGAGGAAGGGGUAGAGGCAGAGGUAGAGGUCGUGGGCGUAGUAGUAGGCAUUCGGAGAAGGAUACAGCCAUACAUUCUGAUAACUUGGAAGAAGAUUUGGAAAUUCCUAGUCAUCCUGGCGACAACCUCGACAAAACUGUGGCAGACAACGGUGUAGCAGAAGCUCGAAUGGAGAACGACAAUAUUCCUAUUGACAAAGCUGUAGAACCAUCAGUCCGAAACUUCGACUUGAACGUAAACUUGGAUGAAGAUGGGGACUCAACUUCAAUUCCAGUGGCUGCUUCUACAGGUUCACCAGUAAAGCCCCUGACUGACUCGAAACACGACGAGUAUCCUGGUUGGUCAGUGGCCGAAAUGGAAAAGAUGGUUAUCGAUCCAAUUCAACUAGCGAAUUUGAAUAAGAGUAUAGAUGAUGAGGAAGAUUAUGACGAAGAAGGUUAGUUAUAUUAGGAUCCUCUUUUUCUAUGGAUGAGCAAUUUGAUUCUUUUGCCGCUAAUGAAAUAGUUGAGGUAGGUGCAGGAUAGUGUUGUUGUUCCAGAAGAAAAUGUAUAGUUGAGUUGAUUGUAGAGCUUUUUCUGGAAUCAAAGUCUGGUAGGCUCUUCUGGAGUGUUGUGUGCAUGCUUGGAAAAGCAGCAAGGAAAGUCACCCACCAAUGACUAUCACUUGUUUCACUUAAUUUAAUUCUUCAUUUUCACGUGCA